GUCGACGUCAUCGAUGUCGCAAUACCUUCGCAGGGGGUGCCGCCAGAGCUGUGGUGACGUCACGCCUGCCUGACGUCGGUCCUUUUCCCCUGCAGUCACCGCUGUAGUGGUAGUACUUUUUCACCCGAGAGAGUACAUCGUACCAAAAUCCAUCAUGGUGCACUUCACAGUAGACCAGAUCCGCGAGGUCAUGGACAAGAAGAAGAACAUCCGGAACAUGUCCGUGAUCGCUCACGUGGACCACGGCAAGUCCACGCUGACCGACUCGCUGGUCAGCAAGGCCGGUAUCAUCGCCUCACAGAAGGCUGGUGAAACACGGUUCACCGACACCCGCAAAGACGAACAGGAACGUUGCAUCACCAUCAAGUCAACCGCUAUCUCCCUUUUCUACGAGCUGGACGAGAAGGACAUGGAGUUUGUGCCCAACGACGGCAAGGAGGGCCCCAAUGAAAGGGGUUUCCUCAUCAACCUGAUCGACUCGCCCGGCCACGUGGACUUCUCCUCCGAGGUGACUGCUGCUCUCCGUGUAACUGACGGCGCUCUCGUGGUUGUCGACUGCGUCAGCGGCGUGUGUGUGCAGACAGAGACUGUGCUGCGCCAGGCUAUUAGUGAACGUAUCAAGCCUGUGCUCUUCAUGAACAAGAUGGACCGUGCUCUGCUGGAACUCCAGCUCGAAAAGGAAGACCUGUACCAAAACUUCGCCCGCACCGUCGAAAACGUCAAUGUCAUUGUCGCAACCUACGCUGACGAGGACGGUCCAAUGGGUAACAUCAUGGUGAGCCCAGAGAAGGGAACUGUUGGGUUUGGAUCCGGCCUCCACGGCUGGGCCUUCACCCUCAAGCAGUUCGGCGAGUUGUACUCCAACAAGUUCAAGAUCGAUCUCCACAAGAUGAUGAAACGUCUAUGGGGCGACCAGUUCUUCAACGGCAAGAAGUGGCAAAAGACUGGUGGAGAAGGCUUCAUGCGUGGCUUCAACAAAUUCGUCUUGGACCCCAUCUACCAGGACCAUCCUGAUGAUGGGUCGUUACAUCGAGCCCAUCGAGGACGUGCCGUGCGGUAACAUCGUUGGUCUGGUGGGUGUUGACCAGUUCCUGGUGAAGACCGGCACCCUGACCACGUUCCAGGACGCCCACAACCUGCGCGUGAUGAAGUUCAGCGUCAGUCCCGUGGUGCGUGUCGCCGUGGAGCCCAAGAACCCGUCUGAGUUGCCCAAGCUGGUGGAGGGCCUGAAGCGUCUGGCCAAGUCUGAUCCUAUGGUUCAGUGUAUCAUUGAGGAGAGCGGUGAGCACAUCGUGGCGGGCGCGGGAGAGCUGCAUCUGGAGAUCUGUCUGAAGGAUCUGGAGGAGGAUCACGCAGGAAUCCCCAUCAAGAAGUCCGACCCCGUCGUCUCCUACCGUGAGACGGUGGAGGAGCAGUCUGAGAUCACAUGUCUGUCCAAGUCACCCAACAAGCACAACCGUCUCUUCAUGAGGGCACAGCCUCUAACGGAAGGCAUUGCCGAGGAUAUCGACCGCGGAGACAUCACCCCCCGCGACGAUGCCAAGGCCCGCGCCCGUAAGCUGGCGGACGAAUACGGCUGGGACGUGGGGGAGGCCCGUAAGAUCUGGUGCUUCGGCCCCGACACCAACGGCCCCAACAUGCUGGUGGACUGCACCAAGGGAGUCCAGUACCUGAGCGAGAUCAAGGACAGCGUAGUCGCUGGAUUCCAGUGGGCCUCAAAGGAGGGUGUCCUGUGCGAGGAGAACAUGCGCGCUGUCCGCUUCGACAUCCACGACGUGACGCUCCACGCUGACGCCAUCCAUCGUGGCGGCGGACAGAUCAUCCCCACGGCCAGGCGGUGCCUGUACGCCUGCCAGCUGACGGCCAAGCCCAGGAUCCUGGAGCCCAUCUACCAAGUGGAGAUCCAGUGCCCACAGGACUCAACAGGGGGCAUCUACUCAUGCAUGAACAAGCGGAGAGGCCACGUCACUGAGGAGAAUCAGAUCAUCGGAACGCCGCAGGUCGUCGUCAAGGCCUACCUGCCGGUUAUGGAGUCGUUCGGCUUCACCGCCGAUCUCCGGUCCCAGACGGGAGGCAAGGCCUUCCCGCAGUGCGUGUUCGACCACUGGAAAAUCCUCCCGGGAGACCCCUUUGAAGAGGGCAGCAUGCCAGGCGUCGUCGUCACCAACACUCGCAAACGCAAGGGUCUGAACGAAGGAGUUCCCCCACUGGACAAGUACCUGGACAAGAUGUAGAAAAUGGGGAUAGAAUAUAGAAAUACUUUCGAAAUGUUCGCGAUGUUUUUCCGUUCACUGUUUUCGUAAUGAACCUAUUCACUGCGGAAAUGCUUGUUCUGUCUGUUCGCCUAACCUCUUGUUUCAAUCGCGAAUAUUAUAGAUAGGCCUCCCCAAUGCGAAAAUAAAUGUCCGAAACUUGAUUGCAUAUGCCACAGAAACGAGACGAAAAUGUAGGUCUAAUAUAUUUACUGAAUUGUCCGUGACCGGCUUCUUGUGUAGUUAACAGAUCAAUGCACUUAAGAAUCUCGAUCUGUGCAAUACUAGUACUUGUUACGAAGUGUUGUCGGCAGGACUAUGUCGCUCGCCAAUGAGUUUGAAAGAAAUUUAUGGGGGACCCUUGUGUUUGUGUGUGCAAACGGAAUCUGACAAAAUUCGGGGUCUCUGUUUGCUUCCAUUGAUUAAAAAUUGUACC